GUGAAUGUCAAAAUCAGACAGUUGGAUUUUACAGCUAUGUGGAGUGUGGUAGAGUUUAAGAACAAGUAUUAUUAUAAUAGAAAGUGUACAAAGAAAGAUUAUUUUUUAAAGUGGAAUUCCAGUGUACUACUAAUUAUAACGCGUAGUUCGGGACAUUUUUAACAAUGUGAAUAAUUAUUAGUUAAGUUAAGACAUCCUUUCCACUCGCGGAGAACAACAAUACAAUAACUGUUUACUCCAUUCUUAACAAUUUCGUGAUCUAUAUAUAGGUACAGAAAUGACAUUAAAAUGAAGAUACAUAUGUAAUCACAAUUGCCAAUGAAUAUUUAAGUGAAUGCAGAUUGCCAUAUUCGUCAACACGCGCGACAGUUUUAAUUGUUUCAUUUAAAAGAUGACUACAGUGGCGAUGGAAGAGUAUGAACUUAUGAAAGACUCAAAAUAUCGGUUAUAUGUGGCUGCGAUUGAUAAAGCGUUGAAAAACUUUGAAUAUACGUCAGAAUGGGCUGAUCUAAUAUCAGCCCUAGGAAAACUAAAUAAGGUUUUAUUGAGUUAUACAAAGUUUCCGGUUAUACCGCGACGGAUAAAAAUAAGCAAACGGUUGGCACAAUGCAUGCACCCAGCUUUACCAUCCGGGGUGCAUCUCAAGGCGUUGGACACCUACGACAUCAUCUUCAGGUGCAUGGGGACAAACAGACUGGCUUGCGAGCUCUUCAUAUACAGUGCAGGUCUUUUUCCACUAAUGGGACACGCAGCCAUGAAUAUUAGACCGACAUUAUUAACAAUUUAUGAGACCCAUUUUAUACCAUUAGGAGAUAGAUUGCGGCCAGCACUAAGUGGAUUUCUCAGUGGAAUUCUGUUAGGUCUUGAUACGGGGACAGAUCAUUUUGAUAGGACGAAUUUACUUUUAGAAAAUGUAUGCGAAGGCGUGGAAUCCCCUUAUUUUUAUACGUGUAUCUGGCAAUGCGUUGCAAACAACAGUCCAGUCCGAUUACCUGCCAUUAGUUACGUUUUAGCACAUUACAGCCGGAAGUUAUCUAUGGAAGACCAGCUUUUUCUAAUGGGAAACGACAUAGGAUUAAUGGUAUCUGGCUUGUCUGCGGCAGUUCAAGACUCGAGCGUCUUGGUACAGAGAUCGGCAUUGGACUUAUUAAUGGUCUGCUUUCCUAUGAACAACCAACAAUUACUCUACGCCGACAUGGUCAGAUUAGUAACAGCAGCUUUAACGACAAUACUUAGGAGAGAUAUGUCAUUAAACAGGCGCCUUUAUUCCUGGCUAUUGGGAUCUGAAAUCAAUAACCUACUAGCACUCCAAUCUGAAAACGAACUGGAAGAAGAACCAGCGCCAGAACAACACAUUUUAGCAUACGACCUGCUAAACGACGCUUUAAAAAUAAUCUUAAAAAAAUGCAGCACAGAAACUCCUAUUGACAUAAAACCAUACAGGUUGCUCAUCUCUCUAUUUGACAAACCGCAGAUAGGAACAGUAAUUUUAGACAAUAUUUUAUGUGAUGUUUUUAGAACGCUUUAUUUAUCGUGCUGGUACCAACAGAAAAACAAAAACAGUGCUAUAAGAUGUGUGUCGUUUACAGGAGAUCUGACGAGUUUAAAAAAUGAAGAAAAUGUUUUAAGCAAACAGUUUGUCAUUAAGAAUUGUCCAGAGCUAAUAAAAAACGCGAAUCUACUAUUCAACACUCUACAAAGGCACUAUAUAUGGUCCUACAUAGAGAAAUUGUUUGUGGAGGCGGUUAGGAAUAUCAAAACUUACAAAUACAGAGAUAGAAAUCAAGUGAGUGAGAUAGGUAGUGGUCCUCCGCAUAUUCUAGAGCUCUGCAUCUUGACUGACUUUUUAUUGGACAUUAUUCCUAUAGAAUCGUAUACAGAAAACACAAACAACAUCUUGCCGAACUUAUUUUGGAAACUAGUGUCUACUGUGAAGUCAAAUGUGGCUGAUCUUAACCAACACGAAAUAUCCGAGAGUUUGCAAUUGUGCACGAAGAUCCUGAGUAAAAUUCAACCAGAUACACUCAUGCAGAAUACAAGUGUUCAAAAUCAGUCUCUGGAUAUAACACUUAACGACUUGUCAGAGAAAACUUUGGAGAAUUCUGUAAAUUUAGAAGACAGCACUGAAAAUGGAGAAACGAGAAUAUUAGAAAAAAGUAAAUCAGAUUCCAAAAUUAACGAAAACUUGAACAAUUUCAGUAAAAAUGAACUAACGGUGGGGGAAAAUAAUAGAGAAAGGUCCUACAGCAAUCAAAUGUUAAAAAAGAAAGAAAAAACUAGUCCCAGAAUUGACAAAAAGAGCAAAAACAAGAAAUCCAAGUCGACUUCUAGACUUGACGAGUCCAAAAACGAAGCAGAUGAUUCAAUGAGUUCGGAAAAUAAUACACCUGUACCUGACAAACGGCCGUUGACGGUUAUAGAAACAGUCGAACCCUUGCCAAAAAUAGCGAAAGUGGAAAACAAACAUUUUAUUAAAUGCCUGGAAGAAUACAAGUCUUUUUACACGCAUUUCAUAAAAGUGAAACUUUUACCGAACACUGACAUCAAAUCUGUUGUGCAGUCAUUAACCUGUGAUAAAGAUAGUAGAACCGUACGAUUAGUUACUCUUUUAGGUGCCCGUUUGCAAGAAAACUACAAAUGUGAUUUUAAUCCAAUCGACAUCAGCAACUUUAUAACAAAAAAUAAAAUAUUGUCACUCUCUAAUGCAACGUCGAGGAAAAGUGAAAGUGACUAUGAAAGAGCAAUGGGAAUAGCCUCGAAUAUUUUGUUAGAGUUUUCCGCUUUUCCAAACUUACUGAUUGCUGAAGAAGAAUCAAAAUUGCCAACUUGGGUGGAAUCUCUUAUUGUGGUGGCCUGCUGCAAAGACUCUUCAAGAGAAAACCAGCUGACAGCCAUGAACACACUUUUGGAGAUUUUCAGCCUUGCGAAUAAUUCCAUAUGUAGUAGGAAAAUAGAUUGUAAUACAAACAUUUUAAUUACGGGUAUUUUAGAUGUAAUAUAUGUCAAGUAUAUUGAAGAGAACACCGUUGUAAUAGAGGAAAUGUGCCAAAUAUUAUGGAAACUUUUAGGAACUUUAAGUAAUCAAAACCAGCUUAUGUUAUGCGUCACGCUGCUAUAUCAAAUACACAAUAUAUUCGACAAUACGAUGUUCGUGGAAAAUGUAAUCAACACAUAUCUGACCCACGAAAAUAUAAACGUACUAGCUAUUAAACAAUUUUUUCUCUUGUGGCAUUUGGGGAGAGACUUGAACAUUAAAACGUCUCCAAAUAAACCAAAUAUAAGAAAUUUUGACAGGUCACUUUUGAAAAUCCUGGACAACCUCCAAAACAAAGAAACCCCAAAUCUACAGCUAAUAUCAGAAUCAUUUUUAACCCACAGUCUACUACACAACGAUAUUGCUAGAAUAAUAAAUCCUAUAUUAUUGAAACUACUAGCCUCCAAUACCGCAAGAGUUUCAAUACGCCACGUCAAUAUAGCAGACUCGGAUUCCCAAAGCGAUAUAACCAAAGACGAACACACCAGGAUGGAUAAUAUCCAAUCAAAGAAGAUCUACGCCGUCAGCAAUGUCAACGGCAACAUAAUGUACCAUGUGACAGACAGUCCCAGCCCAAGACCCUCCAAGAAACGAUGGUUUACGUUCUCAAAAGCUGGUAAAAGGUAUUCCUCUUCUGUGAUAAAUAUGACUACGAGUAUUAACGAAGACUCCAAUAACGUUGUAACUAGAAAAAAUAGAGACUUUAAAGGAGUGACCAAUUCUCCUAAAUCUGAAAAGACUCCCAAAAACGUAAAGUUAAUCAUCAAUCCUUUAAGCUCCAAAGAAAUCUAUCCAACUGGUUUGGAUGGUUCUUACACGAAAAGAGACUCAAACUCCUCACUCGAAAGUAUAUCUUCUAGUAAUGAAAGCCCAACAAGCUAUGACGAUUCUUUGAGUAAGUGCUAUACACCAGAACGGUUAACCAAUGGAGAAAGAGACUCUGGUUUCGAUAGCCUCAAAAACAAAAGUAGUUUAGAACUGUCGAACGACAGAGACUACAGAGCUAUAUUAGAAAGUAUAGAGCCAAUUGCAGAUGGGGUGGUGGAAGCUGUUAAUGAUGGUGUGAAUGUGACAAAAAUUCCGAAAUCUCAAAGCUUCGAUGAACACAUUAAUGCCGCAAAAACAACAGACAUGGAAAGUUCUCUAGUACAAAGUUGGUCCUACUGUAUCUCCGACUCAGAUAACUUACAUGCAAGUUCUGAAUUGGAAAUUAGUAAAAGCGCUGAAGACUUCUUUAGAAAAAACGAAGAAAAAAUCAUAGUUGGCGAGAUAUUAAACGAAAUUAUCGAUAGAGUAUGUUCAGAGUACAUCGACGACGACAUAGAUGGCGCUGCUAUCCGACCUACAGACUUAGAUUUAAGGAAAAUGAAUCAGCAAACGCCCAAAAACGUUGCGCUCUAUCCGAUUCAUUCGCAUCUAUGUUUGUAUUACGAAAUCUUCGAUUCGAACCAAAUAAUCUACGGUCUGCAAACGUUGAAGAACUGCAUCAAUUCCAAUCCCCAACUGUUUAUUAAAUGUCUCGCAACUAGUGGAAUCAAGGAUCUUAAAAGUAACGAAAUCUUAAAUCUUCUUGCCAGACACCGGAAAUCCCUCCUUGGUUAUGGAUUUACUGGAGAUCUUAGUAACGACUAUGUUAAUUUCUACAGAGGAUACAUGUUCCUGGAUGUGAUUAUUAUAAUAUGUCUGAACUAUUCAAGAACAUUCUUCCCUUUUUUAGACGAUUCUUCGUUAAUAACUGAAGAAAUGAACAAUAAUCUAAAGAUUCAACUUGAAAGUUUAGACAUUUUGAAUAUUAUAAUGAAGAAAUUAAUUAUAAUGGUAGCGGAGAAUUCAAAGGGAUUUUCAAGCUACAUAGCUGAUCUUUUAGUCAAGUGCAAACUUCAAAAGAUUCUUCUGAAUUGUCUAUUAAUUUCAGUAAGAAAUUUUGACGAUGAGAUGACAUUUGCUGAAGAAAUUUUAGCUUACAACAACUUUCAACUUUGUGAUAAUAACAAUAGAAUUGGGGAACAUGUAGAAGCUUAUCAGCUGCAAAUAUUACGGUUAAUCAACUCGUUAAUUAUACUUGAACAUAAAGUGUUCUCCCGUAAAGGUUCUGGUGAGUCUUCAACAAAUGGUGAAGUGAAUUCUUCAAUAGUAUUGAUACCGCAGCAACAAAUUUUCUUAUCAGCAGUAAUGAGUGCUUUGCGACAGCAAAGUAUCAAGUAUCUUCAUGAAAAUUGGUUGUACAUGAUAACCUCGUGUCUUCCUUACUUCGGAGACAACCUGAAACAAAUCUCCAUCAGUGUGAUUCACCAGAUCUGCGAUAAUGUGGAGAAGAUUGCAACAAACUAUAACAUGCCUGAGUUAGAGAACGAAUUAUGUUCAGAUUAUGCGGUGACACAACUAGAAGCUCUAACGAUGCUUUGCCAUUAUUGCCUCUUGGAUUCCUCCCAAACAGUCAACCAAAAUGUACCGACAAACUCGACUACACCAUUGACGAAUCCGGGAGAAAUCAUCAACAACUUGUUUAACGUGUUUUUCUCGCCUUUGGGCAGUGACAUAAACUUUUCUUCGAAGCAAAACUCGGAUCACUACCAAAGUGCGCGGAAAACUAUACUUAGUCAUAUGCCUAGGAUAAUCUCCAGUGUUGCCAAGUUGUGGCAAACUAUUGUCAAUCUGGAGAAUGAUUAUAAUGGAGUAUACGGCAAUUCUAAGAUUGUCAAGCAACAGCUACUAGAAUUUUUAAGUCCUAUUUCUGUGCAUCACAGUACUAGCUUCUUAGCAGCGAUUUCAGUAGCUUGGUAUGAGCGGAGAAAUCCAUUUAGUAGUGUUAAAACGGUGCUUCCUGAGCCAAAUGCUAGCCAAAAUAACUUAGUGUAUUUAAUUUUGGCUAUUAGAGUCAUUCCAUUAGAUAAUUUAGUACAAACCGUAACGGCUGUGAUAAAAAACCCUCCUCCCACUGAAGGUCUCAGUCAAGACAUUUGUUUGGAUGUUUCCGUUCUCGAAUUAUUUUAUUGUUAUAUGCGUAACGCUUCUUCCACUCAGUUAUUUGAGGCGUGGGGCUCUCUUCUUGCUCUGAUUAGAGAAGGCUGCUCAUUAGCCCCACCCGCCCAAUUUUUGUUAGCCGCAAUUCUUCAUGAAAUCAUGAUCAAGUGUUGUCCAUUGGAAGAGAAAAAGGAUCAGAAAGAUUUACAAGACGUGACUGCAAAGUUGAUUGAUUGUGUCUCUCAAGUCUGCGGUUCUUGUUUGGAACAAACGACGUGGCUAAGAAGAAACUUUGCCGUAAAGGAACAAGAUGAAGAUUCGACGCCCGAUUCCAAUAUCAUAAGCGAUACAUUUGUAAACUCUAACCACAAUGUACAGGCACAGUUGCUUCUCUCAGAAAUUCUGGCACCUAUCUUAGACAUCUGCUUCGGGUCCUCAGAAAAGGACAAAGUUAACAACAUACUAAUAUCACUUAUGUGCAAUAUAGUACCCUAUUUAAAAACUCACACUGUAAAAAAUAUGCCGAGUUUUGGGGCUUGUUCAAAAUUACUAUCUAGUCUUAGCAGUUAUCAGUAUACGAGAAAAGCAUGGAAAAAGGACGUCUUUGAUUUGCUUCUAGACAAUACACUUUUUCAAAUGGAAUAUAGUUGUAUGAAGUAUUGGAGGAUAAUCGUUGACAAUUUAAUGACACAUGAUAAUACAACUUUUAGAGAUUUAAUGAACAGAGUAUCAAUGAAUCAAAGUGGAAGCUUAAAUAUCUUUUCGUCUAGAGAGCAGGAAUAUGAACAGAAAGCACAACUAUUAAAACGAUUAGCUUAUGUUAUAUUUUGUAGUGAGAUGGAUCAAUAUGCCAAAUACAUGCCAGAUAUUCAAGAACAAUUGACGAGCAGCUUGAGGUUAAGCGUUCCAGGAGUGCAAGCGCAAGUUUUCAUGUGCUUUAGAGUAAUUUUAAUUAGAAUGAGUCCGUUACACGUUACUUCCCUCUGGCCGAUAAUUAUUAGCGAGAUGCUUCAAGUAUUUCUUCAAAUCGAGCAGGAGUUAUCUACAGAUACAGAAGAAUUCAGCUCUCAUAUAAAAUUAAUGUCUUCUCUUGAUGCAAGCUGGGCAACUAACAGCAGUAAUGGACUCCACGCCUUAGGGCAUCCUCAUUGGCUGCGGUUGCAAUUGGCGACGGCCAAGUUGCUGGAUUUGACACUCCUUCUGCCUGCUACGACUCUUCCACAAUUUCAAAUGUACCGUUGGGCGUUCGUUGGAGACGAUCUGAACAAGAAAGCUAACACUCAACUUAACCAAAUACCCUUCUCACCCCACGUCGUCAGGAUAGCGGAAUUGAUGGACAAGAAAUACCCAGAGACCCACAUAGACUACUUGCCGAUGAACAGGAACGAGUUGCUUCUCACCAUGAACAGCAUCACGCAACUCAAAGACCUUCACGGAUUCUUCAAAACGCUGAGAACGUGCUCAGAUAGGCACAGAACCGACUGCAGCAAAUUCUCAGCUACGGAUCAUUUGUACAAUAGUGAGAGACAAACCGAUAAACAUUUAGAAACCGUCUUGGAAAAGAUCGAUAAGGUUGUAGAAAUGGAUUUUCUUGAUAGGAUCCCUAGAUAAGAUAUUUUUCGUUGAUGUAUUAGCGUAGACUGGAAAAUACAUGAGAAAAGGCUGAAAAUGUUUGGGGAGAGAUGUAUUUACUUUCCUAAUGUAUAUUUUUGACUAGAGUGUAUAUUUUAACUAAAAGGAGUCUCUAUACUGUAUAUACACUAAAUUAUAAAGAGUAAAGAUAUAAGUAUGAUACUUUUAGUUAAUGAUAACAAAGAGAAAACGUUAUAAUGAGUACCAGAAGAGAUAGAGUGUCCAUUACAGGUUGACAGAAGUAUCUAAGACCGCCAAGGUCAGACCGAUCGACAACUUUGGUUACGCGACGUUGUCAGAUCAAUCAGGUUUCAAAGGUUUUUCAGAUUUUUAUUUGUUACUUGUUUCAGAGUAAAAUUAAUGACAAUUCUGUAAUGCUUUUACACUUUUAUUAUGAAUCAAAAUAUUAGACGCAAUAAGCAACAGUGUGUAUUGGUAAAAUUCCUGUUGUCAAUUAUUUCAGUUAAAUGCAAAUAAGGAAUACUAAUUGUUCAUUAAUGACUUCAACCAACAAACGUCUAUUAAUGUAGAAAGCUAAAUUUCUUGCACAUUUAUACUUAAUUAAUUAAUAAUUUGUUUCAGAGGUAUUUGUAAUAAGAAUUUAAUGACGUAUUUAUUUUCUUUUCAACAAAAUUUGACGGAAUUGUGCAAUUAGUGACCUAUUCUUUGCACCAACGUGUUUAACUAAAGUCCCCUCUCCUUGAUUUGCUACCUGAAUGAUCUUCGCCGUUUCAGAUAUUGCUGUACACUUGUACACGAUAUUUACAACUGAUUCCCAAAUAUAAACAGGUGAUCGAUGCGGCGUGCGCAUGUUGUAACAAUAUGAAAAUCUUGUAAAUUGAAAAUCGACUGUAAGAGGUCACUGGCACAAUUUCACAGGUUUGAACUAGCCAGUAUAGAUUUUAUUGAUUUACAUUUUUUACAUUUUUUAACAAAUGACAGUUGAUUUUUUUGUUUUAUAACAUUUUUAUUAUUACUGUUUUAGUAAUGGGUCAAUAUUCUUCUGUUUUAUAGGAGAAGCAUAGACCAAUAGAACGUGAGUUUCUAUUUGUUUUUGUUUAUAUUUGGGCAUACGUUGUAUGAUAUAUUGUCAAUGCACUAUUAAUGACAAAAAUGCGCCGAUUAAUACAUUUGUUUUAAAUAACCAAUAGGCUAUAUUCCAAAAGAUAAAUAUAUGUAAAAUAAAUUAAUUAAAAUUUAAAGAUAUUUAACAUCCUGAGAACAUUAGCUCAUUUAUUUUAUAUACAGCUAUACAGAUAUUUCAUAAUGUUUUAAAUUAUUGAUUGCGCGACUCCAAUAUCUAAGGAUAUCAGCUUAUGUUAUAUUACCAAAAUAUUUUAAAAAAUCUUGAGAAACUAUCUCAAGUUUUUCAUCUAGUAUAUUUUUGUAAGUUUGAACAUAAGUUUAAACUUAAGGUAAAAAAAACAAUAAAAUCCUUUACAAAAGGUAUACAGGGUGUUUCAUUAAUAAUUGUCCAUAUAGUAACUGGAGAAACCUUGGCACAAAAUGCGACGAUUUAACCUAAAGCACUUAAAUAAAAUGUGGUUCCUUACUAAGUUACAGGGUGUUUUAUCUAAAAAUUUAAAAACUAUUUUUGCUCAGCAUUUUAAAACUAAUUAUUGUAACUCAGUAAGGAGCCACAUUUUAUUUAAGUGUUUUAGGUUAAAUCUUCGUAUUUUGUGCUAAGGUUUCUCCAGUUACUAUAUGGACAAUUAUUAAUGAAACACCCUGUAUAUUUAAAAUCCCUAAAAAUCACAGAACUAGUUUUCGAUUGGUUUACCAAUCAUCAUCAGUGCUUACGUGAAAUUUACAUGCUAACCACCAAGAUAUAAUUUUACAAAAAUAUGUGGGUCAAAGCCCUGUACACGUAAUCCGUCAAAGGAACAUCGGUUAAAAAUGCUAAUUUAAGCAUGGAUGUUUAAAGUAUUUUUCAUUAAUAUGCCCCAGGUAACAUCUGAGCUGUGGUUUGACUUGUUCACAUGGUGAAAGUAUGGCAGCAAGUGAUAUCUCUUGACGGAUUACUUGUACAGGGCUUUGACUCACAUAUUUUUGUAAAAUUAUAUCUUGGUGGUUAGCAUGUGAAUUUCACGUAAGCACUGAUGAUGAUUGGUAAACCAAUCGAAAACUAGUUCUGUGAUGUAGCCCUUUUUAGGGAUUUUAAAUAUAUAUCUUUUAUAAAGGAUUUGAUUGUUUUUUGUAUUACAUGGUAUACAGCCAACUACAGGAAAACUUUUUCCUUGUGGAUUUUUAAACUUAAGGUGUCCUUUGGGAAGAUAUAGUAAUCACCAGUUACGAAGAAUCAACAUUUAGUGUCUCCGAAUUAAGUCAAAAUAUCAUUAAUAGGUGAUAUUCUUAACAAAGGAUUAGAUCAUAUAAUCGGUGGAACACUGUUUCAGUUCGUAUUCUUUUCUUUUGUCUCUUGAAAAAGGUUCUUAUUUUGGUGUUUAUCCGUUUCGAAUAUUGGCGAUCAUUCUGGCUAUAAUCAUUUUAUUAACUGAUGCGUUAAAUAGAUUAGUUGUUGUUGUGGAGAACCAUUUCCUCAGGUUCUUUAACCAUAGUAUUCUUCUUCUCCCUAUUCCUCGCUUUCCGAAUACUUUGCCUUGAAGGAUUAUUUUUAGUAAUCUGUAUUUAGUGCCGUUUCUCAUUAUGUGUCCGAGAUAUUCUACCUUUCGCCUUUUAAUUGUAAACAUCACUUCUCUUUUUUUCUCCAUUCUUCGUAGCACGGUCUCGUUGGUUAUCUUGUCUGUCCAUGAUAUCCUUAGUAUUUGCCUGUAUAGCUAUAUUUCGAAGACUUUAAUUUUUUUCUCCAUGACUUCAGUGAGUGUCCAGGACAGAGGACAGAGGAAAUAAGAGUCUAAGAGCUAGGAGCGGAUUUUGUGCGUGAUAAGUAAUAUGGAAAAACUAUAUGGGAAUAUGUUGAAUUAGUUGUGUACAUGACUUUCACCAACGGCCGGAAACCAGAGUUGGGGCCGAGGGUAGUUAUAAGGGGUCAAAGUCGCGGAUUUUAUUAUUUUUUUUAUGACGCUCAUGAUCGAGAUAGUGCACCAAAAUUUGGGAAUAAGUAGGUUAUGACGUACCUAAGUAAAAUCUAUAGGGGCUCAACGCUGCGUGGCCGACAAAGGGGUGGGGGUAGGUGUGAAUAUAAAAAAUAUAAGGGGUGUUUUGCGACGUUAGUGAUUGAGAUAGUGCACCAAAAUUUGGGUAUAAGUAGACCAUGGCAUAAAUAAUUAAAAUCCCUAGAGCCGGAAACCAGAGUGGGGAAGGAAGGUAGUUAUAAGGGGUCAAAAUUCCGUUUUUUAUUAUUUUUUUUGUGACGCUCAUGAUCGAGAUAGCGCGCCAAAAUUUGGGAAUAAGUAGGUCAUGACGUAACUAAGUAAAAUCUCCAGGAGUGGAAAGCUGCGUGGCCGACAAAGGGGUGGGGCAGGGGUUAAUAUAAAAAAAUGUAAGGGGUUUUUUGCGAAGUUCGUGAUUGAGAUAGUGCACCAAAAUUUGGUAAUAAGUAGACCAUGAUAUAACUGAGUAAUAUCCCCAGAGGCGGAAACCAGAGUGGCGGACGAGGGUAGUUAUAAGGGGUAAAAGUCGCGCUUUUUAUUAUUUUUUUUUGUGGCACUCAUGAUGGAGAUAGUGCACCAAAAUUUGACAGUAAGUAGGUUAUGACGUAACUAAGUAAAAUCUUCAGGGGCAGAACCCUGCUUGUGGUACAAAGGGGUGGUAGGCAGGGGUGAGUAAAAAAUAUAUGGGGGUUUUUUUGCCGUUCGUGAUUGAGAGAGUGCACCAAAAUUUGGGAAUAAAUAGAUCAUGACAUUACUAAGUAAAAUCUCCAGGGGCGGAACGCUGCGGGGGGACAAAUGUUGUGCCGGGUCACAAAAAAAUAAUACGCACUGCGACUUUGACCCCUUAAAACUACCCUCAUCCCCAACUCUGGUUUCCGGCUCUGGGGAUUUUACUUAGCUAAGUCAUGGUCUACGUAUUUCCAAAUUUUGGUGCACUAUCUCAAUCUAGCACGUCGCAAAAAAAACCCUUAUAUUUUUUAUAUUCACACCUACUCCCACCCCUUUAUCGGCCACGCAGCAUUCCACCCGUCGAGUUUGUACUUAGUUACCUCAUGAC